UGUACCUAGCGCAGUGAGCUGACGGUGGAGGCGAUCAGAGUCUCAGCAGAGCUGACUCCUCAAGAGCCAUGGCUGAAGGGGGUGAAGGAGGGGAAGAUGAAAUACAGUUCCUACGAACUGAUGACGAAGUAGUACUUCAGUGUGUUGCCAGUAUUCACAAAGAACAAAGGAAGUUUUGCUUGGCAGCUGAGGGACUUGGGAAUCGCCUGUGCUUUUUGGAACCAACAUCAGAAGCUAAAUAUGUUCCUCCGGACCUUUGUAUCUGUAAUUUUGUCCUUGAACAGUCCCUAUCUGUCAGAGCCCUUCAAGAAAUGCUGGCCAACACAGGGGAUAAUGCUAGUGAAGGGUUUAUAAGAAAGGCAGCUCAAGGGGGUGGUCACAGAACCCUGCUGUAUGGCCAUGCUAUACUACUUCGACAUUCGUUUAGUGAAAUGUAUUUGACAUGUUUAACAUCAUCAAGAUCCCAGACAGAUAAACUUGCAUUUGAUGUUGGAUUACGAGAAAAUGCAGCAGGUGAGGCAUGCUGGUGGACAAUACACCCUGCUUCUAAACAAAGGUCAGAAGGAGAAAAAGUUCGAAUAGGUGAUGAUCUUAUCCUGGUCAGUGUGUCCUCUGAAAGAUACCUGCAUCUCUCCAUAUCAAAUGGAAGUAUUCAGGUAGAUGCUUCCUUUAUGCAGACGUUAUGGAAUGUACAUCCUACAUGCUCAGGAAGCAAUAUUACAGAAGGAUAUCUUCUUGGUGGGCACGUAGUACGUUUUUUCCAUGGCCAUGAUGAGUGUUUGACAAUUCCAUCUACAGAACAAAAUGAUUCACAGCACAGGAAAGUACUUUAUGAAACCGGAGGAGCUGGUGUUCGAGCAAGGUCUUUGUGGAGUAUAGAACCUCUUCGAAUAAGCUGGAGUGGAAGUAACAUGAGAUGGGGACAGCCUUUCCGUCUUCGUCAUAUUACAACAGGAAAGUACUUGGCUCUGAAUGAAGAUGAAGGACUUGCAAUGUUAGACAGAGAAAAGUCAGACACAACAUCUACUGCCUUUUGCUUUAGAGCAUCAAAGGAGCUAAAAGAAAAGCAGGAUUCUAGUCUUAAACGUGACAUGGAUGGAAUGGGAGUCCCAGAAAUAAAGUAUGGUGAUUCAAUCUGUUUUGUCCAACAUGUGGCCAGUGCCUUAUGGUUGACCUACAAAGCACAAGAUGCUAAAUCAGCACGUUUAGGUCCCUUGAAAAGAAAGGUUAUAUUACACCAAGAAGGCCAUAUGGAUGAUGGUCUAACCUUACAAAGAUGUCAGCACGAGGAAUCCCAGGCUGCUCGAAUCAUUCGCAAUACUACCAGCUUGUUCAGCCAGUUUAUAAGUGGAAACAACAGAACACUAUCCCCCACUGCCCUGCCUCUUGAGGAGAUGGCUCAGACUCUGCAAGACCUGAUAACUUACUUCCAGCUUCCCGAAGAAGACCUGGAACAUGAGGAUAAGCAAAGCAAGCUUCGAUCACUCAAAAACAGACAAAAUCUAUUCAAAGAAGAGGGAAUGCUGGCACUAGUUUUGAAUUGCAUCGAUCGCUUAAAUGACUACAACAGCGCAGCUCAUUUUGCAGGAAUUGCAAGAGAAGAACAUGGUACAGCAUGGAAAGAAAUUUUGAAUCUCCUUUACAAAUUGUUAGCUGCUCUCAUUCGUGGCAACAGAAACAAUUGUACUCAGUUUUCGAGUAACCUUGAUUGGCUAAUAAGUAAAUUGGACAGAUUAGAAUCGUCUUCAGGUAUUUUGGAAGUGUUGCAUUGCAUCUUGAUUGAAAGCCCAGAAGCUUUAAAUAUAAUAGCUGAGGAGCACAUCAAAUCCAUUAUUUCAUUGCUGGAUAAACAUGGGCGCAAUUACAAGGUUCUUGAUGUGCUUUGCUCUCUCUGUGUCUGUAAUGGAGUUGCAGUUCGUGCCAAUCAAAAUUUGAUCUGUGACAAUCUGCUGCCUAGAAGAGACUUACUCUUGCAAACACGUUUGAUUAAUGAUGUGACAAGCAUAAGGCCAAACAUAUUUUUGGGUGUUGCUGAGGGCUCUGCGCAAUACAAGAAGUGGUACUUUGAGUUAAUAAUUGAUCACGUUGAUCCAUUCUUGACGGCAGAACCCACCCAUUUACGAGUUGGAUGGGCCUCCACUUCAGGUUAUGCCCCCUAUCCAGGAGGUGGAGAAGGAUGGGGAGGCAAUGGUGUUGGUGAUGACCUGUACUCUUACGGUUUUGAUGGCCUUCAUCUGUGGUCUGGUCGAGUACCGAGAGCUGUAGCAUCUGUCAAUCAGCAUUUAUUAGCAUCUGAUGAUGUGGUUAGCUGCUGCUUGGAUUUAGGUGUACCCAGCAUUUCAUUCCGCAUUAAUGGACAGCCUGUACAAGGAAUGUUUGAAAACUUCAGUACAGAAGGGUUUUUCUUCCCUGUUGUAAGCUUAUCAGCAGGUGUAAAAGUUCGUUUCUUACUGGGUGGACGUCAUGGAGAGUUUAAAUUUUUGCCUCCUGCUGGCUAUGCUCCCUGUUAUGAAGCGUUGCUUCCAAAAGAGAAGAUGAAACUGGAACCAGUGAAAGAAUAUAAGAGAGAUUCUGAUGGAGUGAGGGAUUUACUGGGGACAACACAAUUUCUCUCCCAAGCUUCCUUUAUUCCUUGUCCAAUCGACACCAGUCAGAUUGCUCUUCCUUUUCAUCUUGAAAAGAUCAGGGACAAACUAGCUGAAAAUAUCCAUGAACUGUGGGGAAUGAAUAAAAUAGAACUGGGCUGGACGUAUGGCAAGAUACGGGAUGAUAAUAAACGGCAUCAUCCUUGUCUUGUGGAAUUCUCAAAAUUACCUGAGACAGAGAAGAAUUAUAAUCUGCAAAUGUCAACUGAAACCCUCAAAACCCUUUUGGCCCUUGGAUGUCACAUUGUUCAUGCUCAUCCAGCAGCUGAGGAAGAUCUUAAAAAAGUCAAACUUCCCAAAAAUUAUAUGAUGUCAAAUGGAUAUAAACCUGCCCCACUUGAUCUUUCUGAAGUGAAAUUGUUACCUUCUCAAGAAUUUCUUGUUGACAAACUCGCAGAAAAUGCACAUAAUGUCUGGGCCAAAGACAGAAUAAAGCAAGGAUGGACCUAUGGCAUUCAGCAGGAUCUUAAGAACAAACGUAACCCUCGGCUAGUGCCAUAUGCUUUAUUAGAUGAACGUACUAAAAAAUCAAACAGAGAUAGCCUCCGUGAAGCUGUUAGAACAUUUGCGGGCUAUGGUUAUAGUGUUGAGCCACCUGAUCAAGAGAUAGCUGACCAAACAGUGGAAAAAGUCAGCAUUGACAAGAUACGAUUUUUCAGAGUAGAGCGGUCUUAUGCAGUGAAGUCUGGAAAGUGGUACUUCGAAUUUGAAGCUGUGACAGGUGGAGAUAUGCGUGUUGGCUGGGCCAGGCCAGCCUGUCGACCUGACGUAGAGUUGGGAGCUGAUGACCAAGCAUUUGUAUUUGAAGGAAGCAAAGGCCAACGUUGGCAUCAAGGCAGUGGAUUCUUUGGACGAAGCUGGCAACCAGGAGACGUUGUUGGUUGUAUGAUAAACUUGGAUGACAAAUCAAUUAUCUUUACUCUGAAUGGAGAGUUGCUUAUAACCAGUAAAGGUUCAGAACUUGCAUUUGCUGAUUUUGGAAUAGAAAGUGGUUUUGUUCCAAUUUGUGCACUGGGUCUAUCUCAGAUUGGUCGUAUGAACCUCGGAAUGGAUGCCAGUACAUUCAAGUAUUAUACAAUGUGUGGCCUUCAAGAAGGUUUUGAACCUUUUGCUGUCAACAUGAACCGGGAUGUCGCUAUGUGGUUUAGUAAACGCUUACCAACAUUUGUCAACGUGCCAAAAAAUCAUCCUCACGUUGAGAUAUGGAGAAUUGACGGAACCAUUGAGAGUCCACCUCGGUUAAAAGUUACUCACAAAACAUUUGGCACACAGAACAGCAAUUCAGACAUGAUCUAUUGUCGUUUGAGUAUGCCCAUUGAGUUCCGCUCAUCAUUCAACUUCGGCAUGAGUGUGGAAAAUGCCUCUUCUGAUGUUUUCCAAAAACGAAAGCACAGCCAAGAAAUUGCUCCUCCUUCUACUACGUGUUUUUAUUCACUUCGGAUAUUUGCUGGCCAAGACCCAUCCUCUGUCUGGGUUGGCUGGGUAACACCAGACUAUCACUUUUACAGUGAGAAUUUUGACCUAAAUAAAAAUUGUACAGUGACAGUUACUUUAGGUGAUGAGAGAGGCAGGGUUCAUGAAAGUGUGAAGCGCAGCAAUUGCUAUAUGGUUUGGGGAGGAGAUAUAAUUGCUAACUCUCAGAGAUCAGGUCGCAGUAAUGUUGAUUUAGAAAUUGGAUGCUUUGUUGACCUGGCUACUGGAAUGUUGUCAUUCACAGCCAAUGGAAAAGAGCUUGGCACGUGUUAUCAGGUUGAACCAAACACAAAGCUUUUUCCAGCAACUUUUGUACAGCCUACGAGCACUAACUUAGUUCAGUUUGAACUUGGGAGAUUAAAGAAUACUAUGCCUUUAUCAGCAGCAAUUUUCAAAAGUGAAGAAAGAAAUCCUGUUCCUCAGUGUCCCCCUCGCCUUGAUGUGCAAACAAUUACACCUGUUUUAUGGAGCAGGAUGCCAAACAGCUUUCUAAAAGUAGAAACUGAGCGUGUCAGUGAACGUCACGGCUGGGUUGUGCAGUGUUUGGAACCUCUGCAGAUGAUGGCACUUCAUAUCCCAGAAGAAAACAGAUGUGUUGAUAUUUUGGAAUUAUGUGAGCAAGAAGAUUUGAUGAAGUUUCACUACCACACUUUAAAACUCUAUAGCUCAGUUAGUGCUCUAGGUAAUACUAGAGUUGCUUAUGCACUUUGUAGCCAUGUGGAUAUAUCUCAGCUAUUUUAUACAAUAGAUAAUCAAUACUUACCUGGACUCCUACGUUCUGGAUUCUAUGACUUGCUCAUUAGUAUUCAUUUGGAGCACGCCAAGCAAGCCAAGCUCAUGAUGAACAAUGAAUUUAUCAUUCCAGUUACAGAUGAAACUCGAACUAUUAAAUUAUAUCCUGAUGAAACAAAGAAGCAUGGUUUACCUGGAGUAGGGCUUAGCACUUGUCUGAAACCAGGCUUUAAUUUUUCUACUCCAUGCUUUAUUGUGACCAGCGAAGAACGUCAGACAUCCAGCCCAGAGAUACCCCUUGAUACACUUAAAUCCAAGGCCAUAAGUAUGCUAACAGAGGCAGUACAGUGUAGUGGUACUCACAUACGAGACCCUGUUGGGGGACAGGUUGCAUUCCAGUUUGUUCCUGUUCUUAAACUGAUAGCAACGUUGCUCAUAAUGGGGGUGUUUGAUGAUGAUGAUGUGAAGCAAGUGUUACUCCUCAUUGAUCCCAAUGUGUUUGGAGAUCACAAGGAAGAAAGAGAAGAGAGGACAGAGAAGGAAGAAGUUACACAAGUUGAAGAAAAAGCUGUAGAAGCUGGGGAGAAAGCAAUAAAAGAAACAAAAGCUCCUGCAAAAGGCUUAUUACAGACAAGAUUGCCAGAAUCUGUUAAGCUUCAGAUGUGUCAUUUACUCAAUUAUUUCUGUGACUGUGAGCUACAACACAGAGUGGAAGCAAUUGUAUCAUUUGCAGACCGUUAUGUAUCAAAAUUGCAAUAUAAUCAGAAAUACAGGUACAAUGAACUCAUGCAAGCUUUGAACAUGUCUGCUGCUUUGACUGCCAAGAAGACUAAAGAAUUUAGGUCUCCUCCUCAAGAACAGAUUAAUAUGUUGCUGAAUUUUCAACUGGGAGAGGAUUGUCCCUGUCCAGAGGAGAUACGGGAUGAGUUGUACGAAUUUCAUGAUGAUCUUCUAAUUCACUGUGGUAUUCCACUAGAAGAGGAGGAAGAAGAAGAGGAAGAUUCCUCCUUGACUGGCAAACUUCGUUCACUAAUGUACAAAAUCAAAGGUCCACCAAAAGCAGAAAAAGCAGAACCUAAGGAGGAAGAAGAGAAAUCUCCUACUACACUGAAAGAACUCAUAUCCCAGACUAUGGUGCGCUGGUCCCAGGAAGAUCAGAUUCAAGAUCCAGAAUUAGUGCGGAUUAUGUACACCCUCCUUCGUAGGCAAUAUGACAGCAUUGGUGAGCUACUGCAAGCGCUGAGGAAAGCAUACACUAUUAGUGCUGCCUCUGUGAAGGAUACCAUUAAUCUGCUUGCAGCACUGGGCCAGAUCCGUUCACUUCUCAGUGUCAGGAUGGGAAAAGAGGAGGAAUUGCUAAUGAUUAACGGAUUAGGGGAUAUAAUGAACAACAAAGUGUUUUAUCAGCAUCCUAACUUAAUGAGAGUCUUGGGCAUGCAUGAGACUGUUAUGGAUGUGAUGGUGAAUGUACUUGGAGGAGAUAAAUCUCAGCAGAUCAUUUUUCCUAAGAUGGUGGCAAGCUGUUGUCGAUUCCUGUGCUACUUCUGUCGAAUUAGUCGUCAAAACCAAAAGGCCAUGUUUGAGCAUCUUAGUUACUUACUGGAAAACAGCAGCGUUGGACUGGCGUUUCCUUCAAUGAGAGGUUCGACGCCACUAGAUGUUGCAGCAGCUUCUGUAAUGGACAACAAUGAGCUUGCACUAGCAUUGGAGGAACCAGAUCUCGAUAAGGUUGUUACCUACUUGGCAGGUUGUGGUCUGCAGAGUUGUCCAGUACUGCUGGCUAAAGGCUAUCCAGACAUUGGAUGGAAUCCAAUAGAGGGUGAACGUUACCUGUCAUUCUUAAGAUUUGCAGUUUUUGUUAACAGUGAAAGUGUUGAAGAAAAUGCAAGUGUUGUUGUCAAGCUCCUUAUUCGACGGCCAGAGUGCUUCGGACCAGACCUUAGGGGAGAAGGAGGAAAUGGUUUGCUGGCAGCUAUGCAAGAAGCUAUCAGGAUCUCAGAGAAUCCUACUCGUGACCUUCCUUCCCAGGCCUAUAAAAGAGAAGGUGAAGAGGAGGAGGAAGAAGAGGAGAUUGUACACAUGGGCAAUGCAAUCAUGUCAUUUUACUCAGCUCUUAUAGAUUUACUUGGACGCUGUGCACCAGAAAUGCAUCUUAUUCAAAGCGGAAAAGGGGAAGCUAUUCGAAUCAGAUCAAUCCUUCGAUCUCUAGUGCCAACUGAAGAUUUGGUUGGGAUUAUAAGCAUACCACUAAAGCUGUCAACAGUUAACAAAGAUGGCACAGUAAACGAGCCAGACAUGUCUGCAAACUUCUGUCCUGAUCAUAAAGCACCCAUGGUACUCUUCUUGGACCGUGUCUAUGGUAUUAAGGACCAAAGCUUCCUCCUUCACCUACUGGAAGUUGGAUUUUUACCAGAUUUAAGAGCCUCUGCCUCUUUGGAUACAGUUUCUCUAAGUACCACAGAGGCAGCUCUUGCACUAAAUAGAUAUAUUUGCUCAGCUGUGUUUCCAUUACUCAAAAGAUGUGCUCCCCUCUUUUCUGGAACAGAGCAUCAUGCCUCUCUGGUUGACUCCAUGCUUCACACAAUAUAUAGGUUAUCCAAGGGACGUUCCCUUACAAAAGCACAAAGAGACACUAUUGAAGAAUGCCUACUUGCUAUUUGCCACCACUUACGUCCCUCUAUGCUACAACAGCUGUUGAGAAGGCUAGUUUUUGAUGUGCCCCUACUCAAUGAAUAUUGUAAAAUGCCUCUCAAGCUUCUGACAAAUCACUAUGAGCAGUGCUGGAAAUAUUAUUGUCUGCCUUCAGGAAUGGGAAGCUAUGGAAUUGCAGCAGAAGAAGAAUUACAUUUAACUGAAAAACUUUUCUGGGGCAUAUUUGAUUCCUUGUCUCAUAAGUUCCUAUCUCUCCUGCAGAAGUAUGAUCCAGAACUCUUUCGAAUGGCUUUGCCUUGUCUAAGUGCUAUAGCUGGUGCCUUGCCCCCUGAUUAUUUAGAUACACGAAUUAGGUCGACUUUGGAAAAACAGACUUCAGUGGAUCCGGAAGGAAAUUUUGAUCCCAAACCUGUCAACACAGCAAACCUUGUACUUCCUGAAAAGUUGGAGUAUAUUGUCAGCAAGUAUGCUGAACAUUCCCAUGAUAAAUGGGCCUUCGAUAAGACUAAUAGUGGAUGGAAAUAUGGUGUUUCACUUGAUGAAAAUAUGAAGACUCACCCAUUAAUAAGACCUUUCAAAACCUUAACUGAAAAGGAAAAGGAAAUUUAUCGUUGGCCUGCCAGAGAAUCACUAAAAACCAUGUUGGCCAUGGGAUGGAGCCUAGAAAGGACCAAGGAAGGAGGAGAAGCAAUAAUACAUCAGCGUGAAAAUGAAAAGCUCCGCAGCAUAUCUCAAUCUAGCCAGGGAAAUGGAUAUAGCCCGGCACCACUUGAUCUCUCUAAUGUGGUGCUUUCUAGAGAGCUUCAGGGAAUGGUUGAGGUAAUGGCAGAAAACUACCAUAAUAUAUGGGCCAAAAAGAAGAAAAUGGAGUUGGAAAGCAAAGGUGGAGGUAGUCAUCCUUUAUUGGUACCUUAUGACACCUUGACAGCUAAGGAGAAAUCACGGGACCGUGAAAAGGCACAAGAGCUCUUUAAAUUCCUUCAAGUCAAUGGUAUAAUCAUAUCUCGGGGUCUGAAUGACAUGGAGUUGGAUGCUUCAUCCAUGGAAAAGAGGUUUGCCUUUAAAUUCCUGAAGAAAAUUUUAAAAUAUGUUGAUUCUGCUCAAGAGUUUAUUGCGCAUUUAGAAGCCAUUGUAACCAGUGGAAAAACUGAAAAAUCUCCACACGACCAAGAAAUAAAAUUCUUUGCCAAAGUUCUUUUACCAUUAGUUGAUCAGUACUUUACAAAUCACUGCCUCUACUUCCUGUCUUCUCCAACAAAAACACUCAGUAGCAGUGGAUAUGCAUCAAAUAAGGAAAAGGAAAUGGUAGCAAGCCUGUUCUGCAAACUUGCUGCUCUUGUUAGACAUAGGAUCUCACUUUUUGGUAGUGAUUCUGCUACAAUGGUGAACUGCCUGCAUAUCUUAGCUCAGUCUCUUGACACACGAACUGUUAUGAAAUCGGGAUCUGAGCUUGUUAAAGCUGGUUUGCGUGCCUUUUUUGAAAAUGCAGCUGAAGAUCUGGAAAAAACUUCAGAAAAUCUUAAACUUGGAAAGUUUACCCAUUCACGAACACAAAUCAAGGGUGUUUCACAGAAUAUCAAUUAUACUACAGUAGCAUUGUUACCAAUCUUGACAUCAAUUUUUGAACAUAUUUCACAAUAUCAGUUUGGAAUUGAUUUACUUUUGGGUGAUGUACAGGUUUCAUGUUACAGAAUUCUUUGUAGCCUCUAUUCUCUUGGAACUGGGAAGAACAUCUAUGUUGAAAGGCAGCGUCCCGCGCUUGGGGAGUGCUUAGCCUCUCUCGCAGCAGCCAUUCCAGUAGCGUUCCUUGAACCUUCUCUCAACCAUUACAACCCAUUGUCUGUCUUCAACACAAAAAGUGCAAGAGAAAGAGCGAUUCUAGGUAUGCCUGAUACAGUAGAAGAGAUGUGUCCAGAGAUCCCUCAGUUGGAUGGACUAAUAAAGGAAAUUAAUGAUUUAGCAGAAUCUGGAGCAAGGUAUACUGAAAUGCCUCAUGUAAUUGAAGUUAUCUUACCCAUGCUAUGCAACUACUUGUCCUACUGGUGGGAAAGAGGGACUGAGAGUGUUCCUCAAAGUACUGGGCUUUGCUGUACAAUGAUAACAUCUGAACAUCUGAGCAUCAUUCUUGGAAACAUUCUGAAAAUCAUUAACAACAAUCUGGGAAUAGAUGAAGCAUCUUGGAUGAAAAGAAUUGCAGUUUAUGCUCAACCCAUCAUCAGCAAAGCCAGGCCUGAUCUGCUCAAAACUCACUUUAUUCCAACACUGGAGAAAUUGAAGAAGAAGGCUAUAAAGAUCGUGGUGGAAGAAGAGCAACUGAGAGCAGAUAGUAAAACUGACACCCAAGAAGCUGAGCUACUCAUUCUUGAUGAGUUUGCUAUUCUCUGUAGAGACCUUUAUGCCUUCUAUCCAAUGUUGAUACGUUAUGUGGACAACAACAGAGCCAAUUGGCUGAAGAAACCAGAUGCAGAUUCUGAUGAACUCUUUCGAAUGGUAGCUGAAGUUUUUAUCCUGUGGUGUAAAUCACAUAAUUUCAAAAGAGAAGAACAAAAUUUUGUGAUUCAGAACGAAAUCAACAAUUUGGCAUUUUUAACAGGAGACACCAAGAGCAAGAUGUCUAAACUGAGCAAGUUUUUUAAUUUUUCUUUUCUAAAAAAAUGGCAGCAGAUUGCUCGGAGGGGAAUGGCCAUGCAAGUAAAGUCUGGAGGACAAGAUCAAGAGAGAAAGAAAUCAAAACGUAGAGGGGAUUUGUACUCCAUACAAACAUCCUUGAUUGUAGCUGCUCUUAAAAAGAUGCUUCCCAUUGGUUUGAAUAUGUGUACUCCUGGGGAUCAAGAGCUCAUCUCUUUGGCUAAGACUAGAUACAGCCAUAGGGAUACCGAUGAUGAAGUCAAAGAACAUUUACGUAACAACUUACAUUUACAGGAAAAGUCUGAUGAUCCAGCUGUGAAAUGGCAGUUAAAUCUGUACAAAGACAUUUUGAAGAGUGAUGAACCUACUGACCCUGAGAGAAAUGUGGAACGUGUGCAGAGAAUAUCAGCUGCUCUGUAUCAUCUGGAACAGGUUGAACAACCACUGAGAUCAAAGAAAGCUGUUUGGCACAAACUCCUGUCAAAACAACGCAAAAGGGCUGUUGUUGCAUGUUUCCGAAUGGCACCGUUAUACAACCUGCCAAGACACAAAAUUAGCAAUUUCUUCCUGAGCACCUUUCAACGUGUUUGGCUGGAAAAAGUACAUGAAAAAACUCAGUAUGACAGGCUUAUACUCAAGUUAACGACACCUCCAAAAAAAGAGGAAGAGGAAGAGGAGGAGACCGAGAAGAAACAACCUGAUCCACUUCAUCAGAUUAUCCUCUAUUUUAGUCGCAGUGCUCUUACAGAGAGAAGCAAAUUAGAAGAUGAUCCUUUAUAUAUCGCCUAUUCCGCUAUGAUGGCAAAGAGCUGUCAGGAAGAAGAAGAAGAGGAAGAAGAAGAAAAAGAAAAAACAUUUGAGGAAAAAGAAAUGGAAAAACAGAGAACUCUCUAUCAGCAAGCACGUUUACAUGAUCGUGGAGCUGCUGAGAUGGUUCUUCAGAUGAUUAGUGCAAGCAAAGGUCAUACAGGACCCAUGGUUGUUGAAACACUAAAACUUGGUAUUGCUAUUCUAAAUGGUGGGAAUACCAUAGUUCAACAGAAAAUGCUAGACUACCUGAAAGAGAAAAAGGAUGCUGGAUUUUUUCAAAGUCUCUCUGGCUUGAUGCAGUCCUGCAGUGUUCUUGACUUGAAUGCGUUUGAGAGACAAAAUAAAGCAGAAGGCCUGGGGAUGGUUACUGAAGAAGGAACUCUCAUCGUUCGUGAGCGUGGUGAAAAAGUGUUGCAGCAUGAUGAAUUUACUCGAGAUCUAUUCAGAUUUUUACAACUGCUCUGUGAAGGGCACAACAAUGAUUUUCAGAAUUACCUGCGUACUCAGAUGGGCAACACCACAACAGUGAAUAUUAUUAUUAGUACAGUCGAUUAUCUCUUGCGUCUUCAGGAAUCAAUCAGUGACUUCUAUUGGUACUAUUCAGGAAAGGAUUUCAUUGAUGAAUCAGGACAACGUAACUUCUCUAAAGCUUUGGCUGUCACCAAACAGAUAUUCAAUUCCCUUACAGAAUAUAUCCAGGGCCCUUGCAUAGGUAAUCAACAGAGUUUGGCUCAUAGUAGGCUGUGGGAUGCAGUUGUUGGCUUUCUUCAUGUCUUUGCCAAUAUGCAGAUGAAACUUUCACAGGUUUUUUCUCAGAUUGAAUUGCUUAAAGAACUGCUAGAUCUGCUAAAGGAUAUGGUAGUGAUGCUCUUGUCACUGCUUGAAGGUAACGUUGUAAAUGGAACUAUUGGAAAACAAAUGGUAGACACGCUUGUAGAAUCAUCUAGCAAUGUAGAAAUGAUUCUGAAGUUCUUUGACAUGUUCCUCAAGUUAAAAGAUCUGACUAACUCAGAUGCUUUCAAAGAGCAUGACCCAGAUGGUAAAGGCAUCAUUUCAAAGAAGGAAUUCCAGAAAUCAAUGGAGGCUCAAAAACAAUACAUACAGUCAGAGAUAGAAUUCCUGCUGUCCUGUGCAGAAGCUGAUGAAAAUGAUAUGUUUAACUAUGUUGAUUUUGUGGAAAGAUUCCAUGAACCAGCCAAAGACAUUGGAUUUAAUGUAGCGGUAUUGCUAACAAACCUUUCAGAGCACAUGCCCAAUGAUUCACGCCUUCAGAGCUUACUUGAACCUGCGGAAAGUGUUCUUAAUUACUUCGAACCAUACCUUGGCCGUAUUGAAAUAAUGGGUGGAGCAAAGAAAAUAGAAAGAGUUUACUUUGAAAUCAGUGAAUCAAGUAGAAUGCAGUGGGAGAAGCCACAGGUGAAGGAAUCCAAAAGGCAGUUCAUAUUUGAUGUUGUAAAUGAAGGUGGGGAGCAAGAAAAAAUGGAACUCUUUGUGAAUUUCUGUGAAGACACGAUCUUUGAAAUGCAGUUAGCAUCCCAGAUCUCUGAAACGGAUUCGUCUGAGAGGCCUGAGGAUGAGGAAGAGGCAGAGCCUUGUUAUGUAGUGGAUAUUGGAGAUGAUGAGGAAGAAGGAAAGUCCCUGGAAUCUGCUUCAGCUUUUGCAAUGGCCUGUGUUGCAGUGAAAAAGAAUGUUGCUAACUUUUUUAAAAUGGUCACUGUGAAGAACCUAAGAAAACAAUACAGGAAAGUGAAAAAGAUGACAGUAAAAGAGAUGGUGAAAGUGUUUUUCUCCUUUUUCUGGAUCCUAUUUGUAGGGAUGUUCCAACUGUUCUUCACCAUAGUGUGGGGAAUUUUCCAGAUUCUUUGGAGCACUGUAUUUGGGGGUGGCCUGGUUGAAGGAGCCAAAAACAUUAAAGUUACCAAAAUAUUAGGGGACAUGCCUGACCCAACACAAUUUGGAAUCCAUGAUGAUGUUAUGGAAGCAGAAAAAGCUGAAAGCACUGAGCAUGGCAUCAGAGCUGAACUUGUGCAGUUUGUGAAGGGUGAAAAGGGAGAAACUGACAUCAUCUCAGACAUUUUUGGCAUUCAUACAAAGAAAGAAGGUGGCUCAAAACAUGGUCAUGAUGCUGGACUUGGAGAUAUUGCAGAAAUCCUUGGUACAGAUAUCCAGUCAUCUUUAGAAAACACAGUUCGGAAGAAAAAGGGAUUACAGAUAUCUGAAAUUGCAAAAGAAGCUGAAACAGAAAGAAAGGCAGAAGCUGAGAAGGCUGACAUGGAAGAUGGUGAGAAACAAGAUAAAGCAAAGGAAGUACAAUCUGAGCAGCUAGAAGAGGGAAAAAUGAAGAAAAAGAAGCGAAGGCAUGGACAAAAAAUUGAGAAACCAGAGGCUGUUAUGGCUAACUUCUUCAAAGCUUUGGAAAUUUAUCAAACAAAAAUGCUUCACUACUUGGCAAGAAAUUUUUAUAACUUAAGGUUUCUUGCACUAUUUGUUGCAUUUGCCAUCAACUUUAUUCUUCUGUUUUACAAGGUGACAGAAGAGCCACUUGAUGAAGUAGAGGAAGAUUCUAAUCUCUGGAACUCUUUUGAUGAAGAGGAAGAGGAGGAGGGCGUGGUGUUUUUUGUUUUAGAAGAAAGUACAGGUUACAUGGCACCUGCUCUCAGAGCAUUGGCAGUUAUUCAUACUAUCAUCUCCUUUGUCUGUGUGAUUGGAUAUUACUGCUUAAAGGUCCCUCUGGUUGUAUUCAAGAGAGAAAAGGAGAUCGCUAGAAAGCUGGAAUUUGAUGGUUUAUACAUAACUGAACAGCCAUCUGAAGAUGAUAUUAAAGGACAGUGGGAUCGCCUGGUUAUAAAUACUCCGUCCUUUCCUAACAAUUACUGGGACAAAUUUGUAAAACGGAAGGUUAUUAACAAGUACGGAGACUUAUAUGGAGCAGAGCGCAUAGCAGAACUUUUGGGUUUGGACAAAAGCGCCCUUGAUUUUAGUCCGGUGGAAGAGAGCGAACCAGAAGAGUCAUCUCUUGUAUCAUGGUUAAGCUCCAUUGAUACAAAGUACCACAUCUGGAAGCUCGGAGUUGUGUUCACCGAUAAUUCCUUUUUAUACUUGGCUUGGUAUACAACCAUGUCUAUCCUUGGGCACUACAACAACUUCUUCUUUGCUGCUCAUCUGCUGGAUAUUGCUAUGGGUUUCAAGACACUGCGAACCAUCUUGUCUUCAGUCACCCACAAUGGCAAACAGCUUGUGCUUACUGUAGGACUCCUCGCUGUAGUAGUGUAUCUUUACACUGUUGUGGCGUUCAACUUCUUCCGCAAAUUCUACAACAAAAGUGAAGAUGAAGAUGAACCAGACAUGAAGUGUGAUGACAUGAUGACGUGUUACCUGUUCCACAUGUAUGUGGGGGUGAGAGCUGGUGGUGGCAUUGGAGACGAAAUUGAGGAUCCUGCUGGAGACCCUUAUGAAAUGUAUCGAAUUGUCUUUGACAUCACAUUUUUCUUCUUUGUCAUUGUUAUCCUACUGGCUAUUAUUCAAGGUUUGAUUAUUGAUGCUUUUGGUGAACUAAGAGACCAGCAAGAACAAGUGAGAGAAGAUAUGGAGACCAAAUGUUUUAUUUGUGGAAUCGGCAAUGACUAUUUUGACACAACCCCACAUGGCUUUGAAACACAUACUUUGCAAGAACACAACUUGGCAAACUAUCUGUUCUUUUUAAUGUAUCUCAUUAACAAGGAUGAAACUGAGCAUACUGGCCAGGAGUCAUUUGUGUGGAAGAUGUACCAAGAAAGAUGUUGGGAUUUUUUCCCAGCAGGGGACUGCUUCCGGAAACAGUAUGAGGAUCAACUUGGCUAAUAUCACAAAAGAAAUUAUUUAUUCAUGAACUGUUAAGAUCCAGUAUACAAAAAACUUCCUUUUCUUUUCAUGGUGUAAUUUCACAGCUUGUAUUUGCUUUAUAUGUCUUUAAACUUCAAGACAUACCUGAAAUUUGACACUAUUUCAUAGGCUUUUUGUACCUACCACAGAUGAAACAGAUCUUUUGUCAGAAUUUUAAUUAGAAAAGAGAAAACUAUGCCAGAUUAACUUAAGCCUUCCAGUUCAAGCACGGUCUGAAAUUUUAACAACUUUAACUAAGUCAUUAACCAAGUGUUAGGCAGUACAGUUAAAAGGGCUAAAAGGUGUCUUAAUUGCACAACAUUUGACAUUUAAGAACUUGAACAUCAGAGGCCAUGCCUCAAAAAAAAAAAAGUUAACUAACUGCUGUCCCGUUUUUUCCCCCCA